GGAUAGAUGGAGACUGAAAACCAUACAACUGUGACGGAGUUCAUUAUUUUGGGGUUAACAGAUAAUCCUAUACUAUGUGCCAUCUUAUUUGUGGUAUUUUUAGCAGUCUAUAUAGUUACCAUAGUUGGCAAUAUCAGCAUAAUCAUCUUAAUCCGAAGCAGUCCUCAACUGCACACUCCAAUGUACCUUUUUCUCAGUCAUUUGGCCUUUGUGGACAUUGGGUACUCCACGUCAGUCACGCCAGUCAUGCUCAUGAGUUUCUUGAAAGAGAGAACUACUAUUCCUGUUAUUGGCUGCAUAGUCCAGCUUGGCUCUGAUGUCACUUUUGGUACUACAGAGUGCUUCCUUCUGGCCACUAUGGCUUAUGAUCGUUAUGUGGCCAUCUGUUCUCCCCUCCUCUAUUCCACCCAAAUGUCCCCAACCAUUAGCUUCCUUCUUUUGGGGGCUUCUUACCUGGGUGGAUGUAUGAAUGCUUCAUCCUUUACUGGCUGUUUAAUGAACUUGUCCUUCUGUGGACCAAAUAAAAUCAACCAUUUUUUUUGUGACCUCUUCCCACUCUUGAAGCUCUCUUGUGGUCAUGUUUAUAUUGCUGAAAUAUCUCCUGCUAUCUCCUCUGGGUCAGUUCUUGUAAGCACAUUGUUUACCAUAGUCGUGUCCUAUAUCUACAUCCUCCACUCAAUCCUGAAUAUGCGCUCUACUGAGGGGAGGAACAAAGCCUUCUCUACCUGUACUUCCCACCUCACUGCAGUGACUUUGUUUUAUGGGACGGUUAUGUUUGUUUAUGUGAUGCCCAAGUCAAGUUAUUCAGCUGAUCAGGUCAAAGUGGCAUCUGUGAUCUACACGGUGGUGAUCCCCAUGUUGAACCCUCUCAUCUACAGUCUCAGGAACAAGGAAGUGAAAGAGGCCAUGAGGAAACUGAUGGCUAGAAAACAUUUGCUUUUCUGA